AUGGGUAAUGGAAGUUGGCGGCAUUGUCCCCGGAUAACAAAUGAAGUAGCGCAUUUGUUGGCGCAUGAGGAGACAAAUUGGAACGAAAGAAUGGUAUGGCUAGAAAGGCCUCCUGCUUUUGUUAAUGAUCAACUUAGGGUGGACUUUGUAUCGGUCCUGAUUCAUUAA